CGGUGGUAGCUUGACCGAUUCAUUCAAGAAUGGAGGAGAAAGCGGCGGACGCGACGGCGACGGCGGCGGAUCAGGACGGCGCGGUGUACUGCAGCGAGCACCCGUACCCGCCAGGCGCGACGGCGGCGGCCGGGACGGGCGGCGCCGGCGGCAUCUGCGCCUUCUGUCUGCAAGAGAAGCUCGGCAUGCUGGUGUCGUCGUCCAAGUCCAGCCCCUUCCACCCGCCGCCGCCGGUGUCCGCGUCGCCGUCGUCCUCGACGCCGCCGCCGCCGCCGUCGUCCAACCGCGCCUCCUCCGACGCGCCGGCGCUGCCACUCUACCCUUCUUCCGCGGCGGCGUCGCGCAAGGUGAUGCCCGCGGCGCAGAACGCGGGCGGCGGCGGCGGCGGGCUCAAGAGGAGCAAGUCGGUGGCGCCGCGGCCGGAGGAGCCGCUGCCGGCGGCGGCGGCGGCGCCGGCGCCGGCGCACGCGGUCACCGCGGACAGCCCGCGCAAGAAGAGCUUCUGGUCCUUCCUCCACCUCUCCUCCUCGUCGUCCGGCAGCAGCAGCAGCCACCACAAGGCCGCGUCGGCGGCGGCCAACGGUGGCGGCGGCGGCGGCGGCGCGGCGGCGGCGAGGAGGAACUCCGUGUCGGUGGCGUCGGCCUCGUCGGCCUCGCUCGGGGGCCGGCUGGAGGCGAUCGUGGAGCCGGAGACGGAGAGCCCGGGCCGCCGGAGCGAGGGCUCCUCGUCGUCGUCGUUCGGGCGGAAGGUGGCGCGGUCGCGCUCCGUGGGCUGCGGCAGCCGCAGCUUCUCGGGCGACUUCCUGGAGCGCCUCUCCACGGGCUUCGGCGACUGCGCGCUCCGGCGCGUCGAGUCCCACCGCGAGCCCAAGCCCAACAAGGCCGGCGCGGGCGCGCUGGGCCGCCACCACCUGGGCGGCGGUGGCGGCGAGGACCACGAGCACGACCAGCACCACCGCAUCAAGUGCGCCGGGUUCUUCGGCGGCGGCGGCGGCGGCGGCCUAGGCGCCGCGCCUUCGUCGUCCUACUGGCUCUCGGCACCCGACGGCGGGAGCGGCGGCGCCAGCGGAGGGAGCGCGAGGGGCACCGGGUCGUCGCGGAGCCACCGGAGCUGGGCGUGGGCGCUGGCGAGCCCCAUGAGGGCGCUGAGGCCGACCAGCUCCUCGUCCAGCAAGAGCAUCAUGGCCGCGCCCACAGCCGCGUGAACGGCACCGAUGCCGCUGCGUGAGGGAGGCAACGAUCGAUCAAUGGCCGGUGAAUCAUCCAUCCCUGAACCACACUACUACUCUCCUACGAAUGUCUGCGAUCUUUCUUGGUGUUGUCGUGUCCAUCAGUUCAUGUCUUACGAUUUUUUAAGCAGAACCUGGUCGAUCCUGUUAUGUUGAAAAAAAAAAAUGUUCCUAUGCAUGGAUCUAGCUAUA